UUUUUGCUGCCAAGUGCUGCUGCUUGUUAAGAGAGGAGAGUAGAGGAGCAGAGCAGGGCAGGGAAGGUGAUCAAUUUGUUAGUUAGGCUGUCAACUAGAUAAAUAAAUUAUAUAAUAUUUUCUUUGACAAUGUAAGGGCCGAGCCCAUUGUUAAAACUUAAAAGCCCUUGGCGCUUUAACAGCAGCGACUUGUGUCUGUCUUCUCUAGUAUUACGUUGUUUUAGGAAGCAGAAGAGAAGCAGGUCUUUCUCUCUAGUUUCUCCUAUACUGCGAAGUCUGCACCUCCCUGUUUCUCAAAAACCCCGACUUAAUUAGGAAAGAGCUUUUCUUUAUUUGUCUGGCUUCUGAAACAAAAACCCAGUACAAUAACGCAAAGGCAAGCUUUCUUUCCCUUAGUUCAGCUGCUUCUGGCUCAUACUACAGCCAUGCUAAUUCUAAUUCUUUCCUUUAUCAUUAGUUAAGCUAAUAAGAGUUUGUUUUAAGCUAAUAAUAACUAUAGGUGUAUUUUUUUUCUUCUGUUCUAAUUUUAAGAUGGAUGGGCUUGUCAAGUCAUGGUAUAAAUUUGUGUUUUGUAGGAUAGCUUGAUAUCAAGUUUUGUUUUGUUUUGCAUGGAAAUUUAAUGAAAUUUCGGCAAAAAAGAAGCUGUGGUUAUUCCAUGAGUUAAUUUUGUUGGGAAAAAUUGAGUGCAAGUCUACGCUCUUCAGUUUGCCUUAAUUCAUUAUCCGGUUUGGAGAUUACGUGAGGUUUAAAGAUCGAUUAACUUAAUUAAUGUGUUUGUGAAAUCCUGGAGGUUAUGAAAAGAACCCAUGGAUUUGAUUAUAUGUGACUGUGACGUGAUUUGGAGUUAAUAGUGUUUGGUAGCAGAACAAGUCUUCUUACUUAGUAGCAGCAGCUGUACAUAUUCCUAACUGGUACGCCCGGCAUUUCCUCGUUGUUUAAGGCUUAGUGCAGCCAAUGUGAUCUUUACGUACACCUUGUUCUAUGUGCCAGAAACUUGCUCUAUUUUUGGGUGUGACGAUAACUGUCAUGUGGGAGUGUCAUGCAUAAUAAAGACUGUUGAAAGGCAGAACAUAAUAAGAAAUACAGAAGCUCAAGAAAAGUGGAAUGAUGGAGGAGCAAGUAAGAGUACUAGAAGGGCUGUGGGGGGAUGUGAGGGAGCUAAGCCUAGGAAACAGAAUACAACGGCUAGACUUGGCUCCAACCCCACUCCAAUUCCUAAGAGACUAUGUAUCACCUAACAAACCUUGCAUCAUCUCCAAUGCCAUCUCCCACUGGCCUGCUCUCAGCCUCUGGCCUAACCUUUCUUACCUUUCUUCCUCCCUUUCUGAUUCCACUGUCUCCCUUCACCUCACCCCAGAUGGCCGCGCUGAUUCCCUUGUUCCCCUAGAAACCCCUAAAAAAGGAGAAACAUGCUUUGCCUCUGCUCACGUGGAGCAUGUUCCUUUCCCUUGCGCUCUAGAUCUUGUUCUGAAUUCUGAAAGAAAUAAUGUGGUGGGAUACUUGCAGCAGCAGAAUGACUGUUUUCAGGAGGAAUAUUCGGUGUUGGCUUCUGACUGUGAUGCGCACAUCCCGUGGGCUACUGAGGCACUGGGAGGCUGCCUUCCGGAGGCAGUGAAUCUGUGGAUCGGAAACCAUUCAUCUGAGACUUCAUUCCACAAGGACCAUUACGAGAAUCUGUAUGCUGUUGUUUCAGGGGAGAAGCAAUUCUUGCUACUUCCUCCUACGGACGUGCAUCGCAUGUACAUUCAAGAGUAUCCAGCUGCUCAAUAUUCUUAUACCAGUGGCUCUGGAGAGUUCAGAUUGGAGUUGGAGAAGCCGCAGAGAUAUGUGCCUUGGUGCAGCGUGAAUCCUUACCCGCCUCCAGAGACUAAGGAGAAUGAGAUGUCCAAAUUUCCUUUGUAUUUCAAUGGUCCGAAGCCCUUUCAUUGUACUGUCAAGGCUGGAGAGAUUCUCUACUUGCCAAGUAUGUGGUUUCAUCAUGUUCGACAGAGUCCAGAUGACAAUGGAUGCACCAUUGCCAUAAACUAUUGGUAUGAUAUGCAGUUCGACAUCAAGUAUGCUUAUUUCAAUUUCCUGCAAUCAAUUCAUCAUGGGUCGACGUUGAUGAAUUAUGAUGCAACCAAGUUCACCUUAAGUGAUGAAUUAUGUAUUGAUGCUAAUGAAUUGGAAGCAGAGGAAGCCAAUCAAGAAGAAGAUACUAAAGACGAAUGAGCUUUGAUUUUUUAAUGUGGUGGUUAAUCUGGUUAUCCAAUUCAUUUGUGAACUCUUCAAGCAGAAUAUGCAAAGAAAAUCACAACAGAAGACAUUUGCACCGUCUCUGUCACAUGUUAACAUGGUCACAAUUGAUUCAUGCAACUUUGAUUCUUGUUGGCUGCUGAUUA